CUUUAGAUCAGUCCACUUUCAACUGAGCUGCUAACAUGUCUUACCACACCGGAGUAUCGCUCUCCUUGCUAAUGCUGCUGCUGUCCUGCUCGCAAGGAGCAGAUCAGCGUCGCGUCUUCCCAUCGAGGCCUGCGUCCGCCUUCAGUUCUCGCAUUGUCGGCGGCGAACAGGUGGCCUUGGGUGCUGCACCCUAUCAGGUCUCCGUACAGAAUAUGUUCGGCAAUCACAUGUGUGGCGGCGUCAUCAUACACGAUCAGUACAUCCUGACCGCGGCCAGUUGCCUGGCGGGCAUGCGCAAGAACAACGUAAAGGUCGUGAUGAGCACCAAUGAAUGGGCAGGUCCAGCCUGGGAGUAUUAUGUGGAGGAUAUCAUACUGCACUGCAAAUUCGAUCAGCCGCUGUACCAUAAUGAUAUCGCGUUGAUCAAGAUGCAAACGCUGGUCGCUUACGACGAGGUCACGCAGAACAUUACGAUCGCCGCUGUAGACGAUCUGGUCGAGGGCGAGAAGCUGACAAUGACGGGCUGGGGCCUCGACGAGACGAGCGGCGAACUUGUCGACAAUCUGAAGCAACUCGAGCUGACCUAUGUGCCGACAGCUCGCUGUAACUCCACCUAUUUCCAAACACCCGACCUGGAUAUCGGACACCUGUGUGCCGUGGGCAAGGUAGGUGCCGGCGCCUGUCACGGCGACCACGGCGGUCCACUGGUCGAUUCCAAGGGUCGUCUCGUGGGCAUUGGCAACUGGGGCGUGCCUUGUGGCCACGGCUACCCAGAUGUCUUUGCGCGUGUCAGCUACUAUCACGACUGGAUUCAGAGCACGAUCAAGGGCUGUGCUAUUAAACUACCGUAAGUCAUGUCCGUAAUCUUGGCCAGACGUCUGGAUGAUGGUAUCG